UAUUAAAGUUGCAGAUGUUGGGUGGUGAAGUUUGUAAUUGGACUCCAUGGUAAUGGGUGGUAGGUUUUUUCAGCUUUUAACUGCGCGCCAUCCUUUCAUUUCAUUAUCAUAACUUUCCCGAGAGAUCUCAAUUCUUCACUGCUCAGAAUUUCACUGGCGUAUCAGCUACAAAUAUAAUCUUUGUGCAAGUAAGAAUGAAGAAUUGGGUUUGAAGUUAGGGCAAGUGGUGUGGUGUGGUGUGUUGUCCUCUUUUUCCAAGCCUUAAUUCUCUCUCUGAAAUUUGGAGCACUCUAUGGAGUCUGUGCUUGGUAAUUGGCCAUCCUAUGACCCUCACAACUUCAGUCAACUCCGGCCUUCUGAUCCUUCUAGCUCUUCUAUUUCUGUUCGCAUGCAGAAAAUGACUCCAGCUACUUACCAUCCAACUCACAGUAAGACCCUUCCACCACCUGAUCAAGUGAUAAGUACUGAAGCCAAAAAUAUCCUCCUGAGACAUAUUUAUCAGCAUGCUGAAGAGAAGUUGAAACCAAAAAGGGCUGCGUCUGAAAACCUUUUACCGGAGCAUGGAUGCAAGCAACCUAGAGUUUCCAGCUGACACUUUUCAUUAACCCACUUUUGCAUGUGAUUGCGAGCUAUUUUUCCAAGAAUGGUUUGGUGAUUGUUUGGUUUUUGUGAACUUUUUUUCCAGCUAUAGACUUGGGGCAUGUAAAUAUAAAGCCCGUUAAUGCUCAUCAAAAUUUAAAGUGAAUGAAAUGAUGAUGCUUUCAUUGUUUA